CUGUGGUGGUUGCGGUGCAGCUAUGCCUGAGCCAGCUAAGUCCGCUCCCGCCCCGAAAAAGGGCUCCAAGAAGGCAGUGACCAAGGCGCAGAAGAAGGACGGCAAGAAGCGCAAGCGCAGCCGCAAGGAGAGCUACUCGGUCUACGUGUACAAGGUGCUGAAGCAGGUGCACCCCGACACCGGCAUCUCGUCCAAGGCCAUGGGCAUCAUGAACUCGUUCGUCAACGACAUCUUCGAGCGCAUCGCGGGCGAGGCGUCGCGCUUGGCGCACUACAACAAGCGCUCGACCAUCACGUCGCGGGAGAUCCAGACAGCCGUUCGCCUGCUGCUGCCCGGGGAGCUGGCCAAGCACGCCGUGUCCGAGGGCACCAAGGCCGUCACCAAGUACACCAGUUCCAAGUAAAACGUCCUAAAGGCUGCGUUGACUAAACCCAAAGGCUCUUUUCAGAGCC